UAAAUGUGGGACAUUCAUUUACAUUUGCAUGUAUAAAUUAUAUACACGAUUAUCUUAAAGAAGGAUUUAUUAGUUGUGUCAGGUGUCGUUUAAAAAAUGUCAUAUGGAGAUAAAUCAAUGCUGUCCCCUCCAAUAAUAGCUUUUAUAUAUGUCUUAGCACUCUCAGCUGUUGUGUUUGCAGAAGUCGUAUUAUCACCAUCAUCACCUGGUGUGAUAGAGAAUAGUUCCCUUACAUUAACAUGUACAUACACUGGUGAUGAAACCGUAACAAGUUUUACAUGGAAGAGGGUGAAGACAAAUGAAAGUAACUUUGCUAUCCUUGGUACAAUAAAUGCAGAAUGCAAACCUCUUAUAAUACCUGUAGACACCAGUUUAUAUGAGUACAGUUGUCCUAGAAGUAAACAAUAUACAUGGACAAUAAAGAAAGUAACUAAACAAAAUGAGGGAGACAAAUACCAAUGUGUUGUUGAAACACUGUUACCAAAAUUGAUUAACAGCAACUCAGUGGUCAUAUAUAUACAAGUUAAGGUAGCUAAUGUAACACUAAAAGACGGCAGCACUAUACUAGCAGGAAUACUAGAAGUAACAAAUAGUGUUCGUAAAACAUUGACAUGUACAGCAAGUGAAAGUAGACCAACAGCUGUAAUCAGCUGGUAUAUUGGAAAUGAAGUGAAGAAGAAGGAGAAUGUUACACUGUCUACAUUAACAUUUACUCCAGUUAAUUCCGACCAUAACAAACACGUUUAUUGUAAAGCUUCACAGACAGGAAAUCCAGAUGUAUUUUCUUAUAAAAUCCCUCUUUAUGUGAAAGAAUUAGCUACUACUCCUACAAUCACAGACCUGACAUCAGAAAAAUUAGAAGGCGACCAAAUAAGAUAUCAAUGUACUUCCUCUCAAACACGACCUGUUGCUAUAGUUACAUGGAAGUUACAAACUCUUACACUGACUAUUGUACAUAAUACAGAACAAAGUCAUGGAAAUGAUCUUAAAUCUGUAACAAGUAUAGUAACAUUUACUGCCAACCGAAUGGAUAACAACAAAACAAUUUAUUGUGAAACUGCAAUACCUGGUCAAAGUGUAGUUAAAGCUCAAGAAAAGAUGACUGUAUAUUGGCCUCCGUCACAGCCUAGAAUUAAGAAUGAUAGUUUUCCAUUCCUGGAAGGUCAGACAGGAAAGAGUAUUUAUUGUUCCACAUCUGAUUAUGGUAAUCCUACAGCUACAGCAACAUGGUCCAAAAAAUAUGGUACACCUGAUGUUGCUGAUACAAGGAAGCUAAAGUUACCUAAACUAACGUAUCAAAUUGAUAGAAGUCCAGUAAGUUGUCAGUUGAAGAAUUUAUUUACACAGAAGAAAGGUCUUCAGAUCCAGUCCAUACAAGUUCUAUUACAAGUGGAAUAUUCUCCAAUAAUACAGAUACUUGUGGAUAGUAAACAAGUUAAUACCACAACAAAAGAUGAGGGUCAAACAUUGUCUGCUACAUGCAAUGCAUCUGGUAACCCUAACCCAAAUGUAGAUUGGGUAGGACAACCGUCAAGAGGUCCUACUUUGUUGUUUGAUGAUAUAGAUAGAACAGAUCAUGGGAAAUACACAUGUAGAGCUACAGCAACAUCAACUCACUAUCCAAGUCAUAACUUUAUUAAAGAAGACGAAUUGAAUGUUACUGUUAACUGCAAGUUGUUUUAAGUUGUUUUAAGUUAAGUUUAGUGUUAACUUUUUGAUAAUGUCAGCCAGUAUCAUAUGUUGAAGAGACAAAAUCAGAAUCCUCUUUUGAAUUAAAAUAUGCACCUUAAGUAAACUACUACACCGUAUAUCAGUUUUUUCCCGCAAGUAUCUAAUUUUUGCUGUAUUCGCGUGCAAUGAAUAUCGUGAAAAAUAGAGUCCUCAAAUUUCCUUUCAAUUUUGCGAAUUCCUUUAACUUUCUUUUCUGCUUUUGAUUUGUUAUCCAGUUAAGUCUUAUGAAUUUUUCAUUGUAUACCUACAUCUCAAUUUAUUAAAAUAUCAAUUUUCGAUAUUAAUGGUUGUUAAGAAUUAAAUGUUUUUUUGUGUUUUUUUUACUUUUUCUUUAGUAUAUAAGUGAUUCAAUCAGCAAACAGAUAUUUUUGUUAACGCUUAUUUAACUUAUUUUCUAAUUAAAUAAGAUAAAAAUUUAAUUCAUACCUUGCACACAUAGACAGCUUGAUAAUAAUAUGUAAAAAAUAUGAUGAGAUGAGAAAAUAAGUGUGAUGUACCGAAUACAUAUAUGCAACCGAUACGUCAAUAGGGAAAUUGAAAACAAAGUUUUAACUGUGAAAUCAAUAAAUGUCUGACAAAAAGAGUGGUUUCUCUUUAUAACGAGAAAAACGUGACAAAAGAAACGUGUACAAUCGCGAAAAUUAUAUUCUUUUAAAUUCAUAUAACCUCAAAAUUCGCGAAAUUUGUGGAACACGAAAGUAACCUGAAAUACGGUAAUUAGUACAGCAAUAUAAUACUGGUAACAGCCAACGAUCUCUGCUCUGCUUAAGAUUUUUAAUUGACAUACUUCUUUAAAAAUCUAAUAAUUAUGAUCAUUACAAUACCAGAUAUUGAUAAUUGAAGGAGUAGGUCAAAAGGUCAUAUCUCGUGGCGAAGGUUAUACAAGCUCAAGUUUCAGAACUAUUUCAAAAAUGAAUUUUCAUUAACAUUUCAUCUCCCUCUUCCUUUACUGAGUGAAAAUGUCAUUUUUUUGGCAAAACAAAAAUCAGUCAUUGGGAUAAAAGUGUUUUGUUUAUGUUACACAGUUUCUGCUUGAAUGCCUUUACUUUUUCAACUAAUUUCUUUGCCCAUUAAUUGAGGUUUGUUUUAUUAACCAAUUCAUUGUUUUAUGCUCCCCAAGGAUACGUAUAUCAGCUGUCUUUUUUGUCCGUCCGUUUACCUGUUUGUACUACAGACAACAAAAAGGGGCCAUGUCAUCUAACUGUAGAUAGGUCUUAAGAGAACAAUAGAAUUUUCAUAACAUUUAAAGGAGGCCACAGUAGCAUUCUUUGAAGAAAAUGUCUCCUUAAAUUUGUAAGUGUGUAACACUUGUAUUCCCUUUACCCUUACUACUUUCUUGUGCAUUAAAAAUAUUAUAGGCGUAUUAUAUUUUCUUUUUAUUUAUCUUAGGUGGAUGAUAGGAUUUCAUGGAUCUCCUUUAAAUGGUUUUAAUCAAGUGUAUGCUGUUGAAAUGGUUCAUUCAUUUUACAUGACUAUGUUUACUUUAUAGGGACUCCACUGAGGUUUUUUGACAUGAUGGGACUGAAAUUGUUUUUUCUAGAUAAUGUACUAUUUGAUGUACAUUUAGACCACUAAUCUUUGUGCAAAAUUUCAGAUUAUUUGUGCAUUUCGUUUUUCCAAAAUAAUUAUUCAAAUUGUUAAAAAAUGACCAAAAAUGAAAAUUGUUUAAACGUGUUGCACUCAAAUCGGGCUAAGAAAAGCAUAUAAAUACGAUUUUCAAUUUAUUUCAAAGUAAAUUUCUUUACUUUCUUUGCAUAUGUUUCUGUUUAAAGAGCCCCAACCCAUUUAUGUUAGAAAUUCAAAUGUUAUGUAUAAGGCUUUAAACAUCAGUGGAGUCCCUUUAAACUAUUUCAAAAGGUGAACAUUGACAUAGUGAU